AUGCUCGUCAAAGAGGGAGUUCAAGGUUCCGUCAAGCGUGUUGCUAUUUUGAUCAAACCGAAGUCGCUAGCUUUUAACCCAGACACUUUCUACUCGGACUCUUGGAUUUUGUUCAUAGUAACAUGGACGCUACGAAAAGAACAAAUUUUGACUGCACCUCUCCUCCUUGCCCCGGGCUUGAGACCGGCUGUGAGCUGCAUGUUAUGCAACACAGGCGGAGUUACAUGCAUACAACCACACAAAAUACAAGAUCACACAGAGACAGGGAUGCAGAAGCAAAUUACGGGAAACAGUGACAGGCCCAAGCACAUCAUAAAAACUAGCAAUAAAACAACCCCAGGAGUAAGUCGUGCAUUUAACACUCCUGGUUUGAUCCUAGACCCCUCCAUUGCUUUCUUUUCCGAAAAAUUAGCAAAAACUCUCAAAGUCCAUGUUCCUGGAAAACACACCAACUGA